AUGCCACGCCCCGUAUCACUGGAGUUAGAGCAGCAUUCCCAAACUGCUGGACUCAUCGAAGGAGGUCAUAUUCCCCGAUCCCAUCUUUACAAAGGCGAUGAAUGUCUUCUCUGGGAAUAUGUCACGAUUCUUCUUCACGAAGAGAGAAACGAGUUUGUGAGCGAACCUCCCGUGGCGAGGAACAUCAUACCGCCGCUUUCUGCCCUAAUCGCCGCUGCGGCAAUUACGCUCAAAGGGGCCACUCAGCCGGCGAAUGUCCCCUCGAUGAUCUACUGUGUUCUCAAUGCGGCAAACAGGGCCACGAUUUCUUCAAUUGCACUACGCCUUCCGAAAAACGCCAGUGCUCGACAUGCAACCAACGGGAACAUGCUCACUGGGGUUGUAAACCCACGGAUGGGUCGGUUACAAAUCGCCGUUGUGGGAAGCUGGGACACAGAGCCAGAGAAUGUGACGAGCCAGCUCCCUGCUCUAGUUGCUCUCAGCCAGAUCAUACGAAAGAGACAUGCCCUCAGACCACUUACCGACAUCGUGGCGAGAAGGGGCAUAUGGAAGCCACUUAUCCCCAGCGCGUUUGCCGCAAAUAUGGCCAACCGGGUCACAUUGGUCCUAACUGCCCUCACGUUUGGUGCGGGCGCUGUCAUUCGGUCGGUCAUACGCGCGAAACCUGCCAAGGUAAGAAGCCGAGAUGUUCCAUCUGCCGUGGCCCGCAUCAUCAUUAUACCUUCCAACAGAGUAUCAAGAACGCUGAUCGCCUACUGCCCCCCGGGUCACCCUCCAAGUGCAAGAUACCAACUUCCGCCAAGGAUAGUCUAUCUUCCUUCCCGUGCAUCUCGACGCAACCCGAACCUGAGAGAUACCAAUCAACUCGCGCUUGGAAAUGGAUCGACUGAUGGCGACAAUGGUGGCGCCCAAGUCACUGGUGCUCAAGCCGGAGAUGGAUCGACUGAUAGCGAGAGUGAUGAUGGAGGGGAGUAG